UUUACUAUUAACUGGCGUAGAUUUGAAUUAUAUACUCUUAUUAAAAAUAAAAUAAAAUACUUAAACAAAUAUAUAUUAUAAUUUGUUGAUUUUGGUAACAAACAUGACUUUUAUACGGUAAUAAAAAAGCAUUAGUUAACAAAAACAGGUAAAAAAGUGAUGCGACCGUGACAGGACUCGAACCUGCAAUCUUCGGAUCCGAAGUCCGACGCCUUAUCCAUUAGGCCACACGGUCUAUACAAAAUAGGUUAGAAUAGCCGUUCAAAUGGCAUUAUGUGAUUCCCUCAUCGUUUACUAAUAAUUAGGCAACUAACAAUACACACAUUUAUAAUAUUAUUUAUUGCCGAAAUUAAUUCAAUAAAAUGCUUUAGCAUAAAUUAAAUGCUGACUUUUAAACACGAAACUUCGCUCGUAACAUUCGGUCUAAGUAAAUAUAUGAUUUAUCGGGCAUUUCGUGCAGUUUUAUUAGGUAAUAAAACUAUAAUAAAAUACCCACGUGUGAACGACAAAAGGACGAAAACGUGCCAGGAACUGAAUAAAAGAUGACUAUCAUAAGAGAAACGGAGUAAAUGUACGCAUAAUUCCGAUAUAAACAUUUGAGAACAGACAGAUAAAUUAUGGGCGGGCAGAAAAUCAAUAGAGAACCGGGAGCGUUUUAUUCCCCGGAUCUGAAUAUCGGGAUGCUGAUUGCCGUUCGCUUUUCCCAACAAUAUUUAUGCGAACACAAUAAAAACAAACAUGUGUAGGGGUUUAUUAAAGGACUUCUUCGAGCAAAAACCGCAACAAAAAAGCUACAGAAACGCAUUCAGCGGUUUUCUUUCAGCACAUCCGUCUGUGCAAAUAUUAAUCUUUCGUUGUAUGAAUAAAGCGAGUCGUCGCUGGAUUUAGGUCAACGUUUUUUUUUUUUUAAUUCCUAAAUGGCCCGCAAACAAUCCCGAAUCCAGUCCGAUUGUUUGCCUUAUUGAUUUGUAUGCGGUGAUAAAAAUAAACCGUGAAUGGAAGUUUGAAGGAGGCUCGAGGUGGAAUUUGCAUUUUACGACGCCGGGAAAGUUAUUAUCCUUUCAUUUUCUCGGCAAUUUGCCGUCAAGGGCCCAAUUAAAGUCUUAUCGUUGUUGAGUGGCCGGUUUCAAUGAGGAAAAUUGUUUAUUUUCGGGGUGAUUACCGGAAUCAUAUUCGUUUGGAAGCUGAAAACCACUUCAUUAAAUUUAGGUACAACGUCCGUAAACAAUUAAAGAGUUUAAAGUGCAAAAAAACAGUAUUUCUUUAAUGGCAGCCGUUUCGCACAUGGUCAUGGGGAUGGGAACGGUGGGUUUCCUCAUCACAUCUAACGAGUCACUUCACUUUCCGCUUCCCUUGUUCCCUCGCGGUGCAAAAGUGUAAUCCGACGCCUGCGGUGCGCAUGUGACGCCCGACAAAACAACCCGACGCUUCGUCAGUUUGUUGCAAAGCGUCGCGACGCCCGCACCAAGCGUAACGCGUACCAUGUUCGCCGGCUGCUAACGCACGACUAUCGGGGGACAAUGGAGGUGAAAAAGAACUGGCAGGACCGACUGUUCGGCAACGUGCUUAUCAAAUGUGACUCCCUCAACAACACCGACUUCGACACGGCGCUGCCCAGCGACGUGCUCAAGUCGAACGAGAUCACCGGCGUUUAUUUCUCCUUCGCCAACAUCAAUUUGCAGAGCGACGACUUCAUCAAGAAGCUGAGGGAUCUGUACGACAGGUUGAAUGCGGAGACCAACAACGAGAAGCGGUUGGAGGUGGUGCAGGUCGUCAUGUGGGCCCACAACGACGUCUAUAGCGACUUCGAGAACAGUCACCGCGACAGUUUGUUGGGCCUGCCCUGGUUCGCCGUGCCGUUCAGUGAGAUCGAUCUAAAGACACGUCUCUCGAGAAGAUACCGAAUCAAAUCCGGCGUUCCGACGCUGGUACUGCUGGACCGCGACGGCGGCACCAUCAGCGUCUCAGCUCAGGAACGCCUCGUCGAAGACCCGUGCGGCAACUCGUUCCCCUGGAGGCCGCGACCCGUCGACCAGGUGCUGAAGGACGUCGUCCUCCAGCCCGGCGGUCUGUACUUCAGGGAACACCAGAACUCCACCAAGGAAGACAUCCGGUAUCAAGACUUGAAGGAUGGAGUGCGAGGGUUUUACUUCUCCGCCAACUGGUGCCCACCUUGCCGGGCGUUCACACCCCAACUGGCCGAGGUGUACAGAUUGAUCAGGAAGCGGGAGCAGCAUUUCGAGAUCGUGUUCGUAAGCAGCGACAGGAGUGCGGAGUCGUUUAGCUCGUACGUCGAAUCGAUGCCUUGGCUCACCGUCCCCUUUCAACAGACCGCCGUGAGGGCCGAGCUGGCCCAACUGUACGGCGUCCGGGGAAUCCCCACGCUUUUGUUGUUGGACAGUAACGGGCACGUGAUAACGAUGGACGCGAGGACGGAACUGGCGGAAGAUCCGAUGGCGCAGAACUUCCCGUGGAAGCCCAGGGCGGUGAAUAUAUUGACGGAACGUUACGCCACCAAACUGCACGAUUAUCCUGCCGUCGUCCUGUUUGUCGAUGGCGAAGAGACGGAGAUCCAGUUCGCGGAGUCGGUUUUAACGCCCGCCGCUGAUAAAUAUUACAAGGCACACAACAUCAACUUCAACUCCCUGCAAGACGAGUUCGAGGACGACUAUUUCUUGCAGUUUUUGAUCGGUCUGGACUCGGAAACCUCCGACAUUUUGAGGGAUUUAAUCGGUUUGGAUGAUGUGGUACCGCUUCUGGUAGGAAUCGAUAUACCCAACAGAAGGUUUGCCGUUAUGGAAUACGGGGUUGAGAUAACCGUUAAUACGGUUAGUGAUUUUGUCGAGAAGUUUCAAAGGGGAGACGUCAAGUUCGUGGAUAUUAACGAAAGAGUUGAUGCUAACGAUAGUUAAGGGAUUAAAGUUUUGUGAUAACGAAUCAAACCAGAAUUUCAAGGAUUAUUUUUUAAAACAACCAUUCUAGUUUAUAAAUCUUUUGUGAUAAUUCAAUUUAUGCUUUUGAAACUUUUUAGAUUAUAAAUAACUCUUUAAUGAAUCAACAAGAUACUGCCAGAAUACAGUUUAAUAUUGUUCUAAAUCUAACAAAUAAAUAAAAUAAUGUAGAAGUAGACGUUUGAAACAGUUGCAAAAGUAGCGAAUUAAAUAAACAUUGUAAGGUGACUAGCGGAUUUAUGUUGAGGUGUGAUUGAAACGUUCGUCUCCCCCCAUGACUGUAAAUAGUUUUUUAAAUAUUUUUAUAGCGAUAAUAUUGUUAAUUGUAGUGAGAAUUUAAAUAAAACUUGCUGAAAUUA